AUUCAUCAGCAAGACUGUUGAAGGUGUAACUGUUCAAGAUGCCCGUCCCUCCCCCGCCAGCACCCCCACCACCCCCCACAUUUGCACUGGCCAACACGGAAAAACCUACCUUGAAUAAGACAGAGCAGGCUGGGAGAAAUGCUCUCCUCUCGGACAUCAACAAAGGGAAGAAACUGAAGAAGACUGUCACCAAUGACAGAAGUGCACCAAUUUUGGACAAACCUAAAGGAGCUGGUGCUGGUGGCAGUGGUGGCGGCGGCGGCUUUGGUGGAGGAGCUGGCGGUGGUGGUGGAGGAGGCGGCGGGAGUUUUGGAGGAGGUGGACCACCUGGAUUGGGAGGACUGUUCCAGGCUGGAAUGCCCAAGCUAAGAUCCACGGCCAACAGGGACAAUGAUUCUGGAGGAAGCCGACCACCGAUUUUGCCACCAGGAGGAAGAUCCACAUCUGCCAAACCUUUUUCACCCCCAAGUGGCCCAGGGAGGUUUCCAGUGCCUUCUCCAGGCCACAGAAGUGGUCCCCAAGAGCCUCCGAGGAACCGCAUGCCUCCCCCAAGGCCUGAUGUGGGCUCAAAGCCUGACAGUGUACCCCCUCCAGUACCUAACACGCCAAGACCCAGUCAGUCAAGCCUAUACAACCGAGGUUCCCCACCAGUGCCUGGAGCACUCAGGCAGCCCAGCCCAGGGCCUACUCCUCCCCCUUUCCCUGGGAACCGGGGUGCAUUUGGGAGCUCCUUACGCCAAACAUCCCCAGUCUCCUCUUCCCCUUUCUCCAACAGGCCUCCACUUCCCCCGACCCCAAGCAGGGCCUUAGAUGACAAGCCCCCUCCUCCACCUCCUCCAGUAGGCAACAGGCCUUCCCUCCACAGAGAAGCCUGUCCGCCUCCGCCCCCUCAAAACAACAAGCCUCCAGUGCCUUCCACCCCAAGGCCUACAUCCUCCUCACAGGCCCCACCUCCUCCACCACCACCCAGCAGGCCUGGUCCUCCUCCUGUGCCUCCGGGUUCCAGUGGCAAUGAUGAAAUUCCAAGGCUUCCACAGAGGAAUUUGUCCCUUACUUCAUCGACACCACCCUUACCUUCACCAGGACGUUCGGGCCCUCUUCCUCCCCCACCUACUGAGAGGCCCCCUCCUCCAGUAAGGGAUCCACCAGGCAGAUCAGGCCCUCUCCCUCCACCACCUCCAGUAAACAGAAAUGGCAGUACGUCUCGGGCCCUGCCUGCCACCCCUCAGUUGCCAUCCCGGGGUGGACUAGACAGUCCCAGAAGUGGGGCCAGGCCUCCGCUUCCUCCUGAUAGGCCUGGAGCGGGGGCCCCUCCUCCUCCACCUCCAUCCACAUCAAUUAGAAAUGGCUUCCAGGACUCAUCUUGUGAAGAUGAGUGGGAAAGCAGGUUCUACUUCCAUCCGAUUUCUGAAUUGCCACCUCCGGAGCCAUAUGUACCCACGAACAAAAGUUACCCCAGUAAAUUAGCAAGAAGCGAAAGCCGGAGUGGAUCGAACCGAAGAGAAAGAGGUGCCCCACCGCUUCCUCCCAUCCCAAGGUGA